UAGUAGCCAAGUUUAAUUUUAUUUUCGAACUUGCAUCUGGAUUUGCAUAUAUCCAGAUCGAUUUUUCUGACCAAACUACUUUGGCAUAUGCCCAAAAGCGUGAAGGAAGAUGCUUAGCUAAAGUUAGUCCUAACACAUAUUUAUGGGCAUGUAAGAAAAAACAUCAAUGGGAGGCGUCAUAUAAAAAUAUGAAACAGAAUUACCGAUGGUGUAAUAUUUGCCUAAU